AUGGCCGAUCUAUCAGCUCUUCCGAAAGACUGGAUCCUCACAUCAAGCCAGUUUACCAGAAAGGCUUACACCAAUGUUUAUCCUGCCAUUCAUCCAACCAAAGCAGAAAAUUCUGUGAGGGGAAAGACGGUGGUUGUGACCGGUGCCAGUCGUGGCAUCGGGGCUCGAGGCAUUGCACCGGCCUUUGUAAAGGCUGGUGUGAAAGCCAUUGUACUCAUUGCUACAAACGCAGCUAAACUCAUGAACGUCGAGGAGGAGCUGAAGAUGAUCAACCCAGAUAUUGAAACCCUUUCUCUGAGUGUGGAUGUCUCGUCGAGUGACCAAGUUGCUAAGGCCUGGCUUGGGAUCAAGGCCAGAUAUCCCAAGGUUCAUAUACUAGUCAACAACGCUGGUGUGGAAACUACCGACAGUGAUAAGACUCAUGAGCAGGAUCCGGACAUCUUUUUCAGAAACUUUGAAGUCAACGUCAAAGGCACCCAUAUCAUGACGCAGCAGUUUCUGAAGGCUGCGAUUCCGUGGGCCACGACAACCGAUCCUGCUAGGCUUAUCAAUAUGUCCAGCUCGAGCGCCUGGGGAACUUGGCCUUUCCUGGCCGCUUAUUCCAACAGCAAAGCGGCCCUAAUCCACUACACCACCACGCUUGCUGCUUCUUACCCUGGCACAGUGCUCGCCAUUGCAGUCAAUCCCGGUCUCAAUGACACCGAUAUUAUCCCCGCAGCCCUUCGGGCGGCUGAGUUCAACUACAAUGACCCAGCGCUGACAGGCGCUACCUUGGUGUGGCUGACGGCGGACCCGGCGAGGAGCCGGUUUUUGAAUGGAAGGGUGGUCACGGUUGAGUGGGAUGUUGAGGAACUAGUUGCUAGGAGGGAAGAGAUUAUGAAAAAUAAUCUAUUGACAAUGCAACUAAAUGCAGUACUGGGGAAGGGCCAGUUUGCAAACUAA